AAGAAGAAAACCAAACAACCUGCAAAUGAAGAUGUACGCGAAGAACCGCUCUUGCAAGUGCCCGAGAAUGACGUGGAUGCAGAGAUGUCUGAUCAUAACGAUGAAGCUGCAUCAGAUGCAGGCGAAGGCCAUUCGGAUGUGCCUGAAUUAGGAGAAGACGAUGAAGAAGAUCAGUCAAAUGUUGAGAAAAAGCAGCGGAAGACCGGGGUGUUGUACUUUUCAAGAAUCCCUCCGAAAUUUACUCCAUCACGAUUACAGGAAUAUUUUGAGCGUUUUGCUCCUGGCCUGAUAGGAAGAGUUCAUUGUACUAAAAACAAGAAUGCGAAGACGAUUGAGAAUCGUUUUUCGGAGGGUUGGUUGGAAAUCAAAAAGAAGAAAGUUGCCAAAAUGUUGGCUGCUCGAUUUGAUAACACACCUGUGGGAGGCAAGAAAAGAGACUAUACGUCAAGCGUAUUAUGGAACAUCAAAUAUCUCAGCUCCUUCAAAUGGGUGCAUCUCAUGGAGCAGUUACAAUUUGAACAUGCGAUAUCAGCUCACCGCAUGUCUGCUGAAAUAGCACAAGCUAAAAGAGUUGCUGCUUUCUUUGAAGAACAGGUUGAAAAAGGACGGCAUUUGAAAAGACUAGAAGAAAAGGUGAAAAUUUGUUUGGCACUUAAAGCCAAUGGAAUGUGGAAUAAAUUUCAACGUGAAAUUGAGCAAAGGAAGGUUGUCAAGACGAAACGAAAAAAGCUGAAGUCGAGCCAGUCUCAUUCUGCAGCUAAGGACGAUGACGUGCUACAAAUGAUCUUUGCUGAAUAA